GUUGUAGGCGCAGUUUCAAGAAGCCUGCAAAACACAAAUCGAUUGUUUAUUUCAUGUUUGUUUACAUCCACACGGAUAAAUGGCUUCCACUUUGAUUUCUCCUAUGGUGGAUUAUUACAACGACGAAGAGGAGCUCGAUAGCGUGGAUGACGAUGAUGACCGGAGUUUCAGGGGAAGAGACUCAGAAGAAGACACAGAAGAUGCAAGUGAGACAGAUCUUGCCAAACAUGAUGAGGAGGACUAUGUGGAAAUCAAGGAACAAAUGUACCAGGAUAAGCUGGCCUCAUUAAAAAGACAGCUGCAACAGCUGCAGGAAGGUAGUCUGCAGGAAUAUCAGAAAAGGAUGAAGAAGUUGGACCAGCAAUACAAAGAGAGACUUCGAAAUGCAGAGUUGUUUCUUCACCUUGAGACAGAACAGGUGGAGAGGAACUACAUAAAAGAAAAGAAGGCAGCAGUGAAGGAGUUUGAUGAUAAAAAAGUUGAACUGAAAGAAAACCUAAUCGCAGAGCUGGAGGAAAAGAAAAAGAUGAUUGAAAAUGAGAAGUUAACAAUGGAGCUAACAGGUGACUCGAUGGAGGUGAAACCCAUCAUGACGAGGAAGCUGAGGAGGCGACCCAAUGAUCCAGUCCCAAUCCCAGACAAGCGAAGAAAACCUGCACCAGCUCAGCUAAAUUAUUUAUUAACAGAUGAGCAGAUAAUGGAAGACCUAAGAACACUUAAUAAGCUAAAGUCACCGAAACGACCAGUCUCUCCUUCGUCUCCUGAGCAUGUUCCCUCCACUCCCGUGGAGAACCCCUCCCAGCGUUACGAGGCCCGCAUUGAGGAAGGGAAACUUUACUACGAUAAAAGAUGGUACCAUAAGAGUCAAGCCAUUUACCUGGAAUCAAAGGAUAACACAAAGAUUAGCUGUGUCAUCAGCUCAGUUGGGACCAAUGAGAUUUGGGUGAGGAAGACGAGCGACAGUACAAAGAUGAGGAUCUACCUAGGACAGCUGCAGAGAGGAACAUUUGUCAUCCGUCGACGGUCUGCUGCGUGAAAUGUUCCCCGGCUCCGCCCCACCCAACCCCAUCUGUUCAUUUAUUUGUCCUGCCGUUUAACCACCAACUCACUCAAUCAUCCACUCUCUCCCUCGUUGGUGCAUUUUCAGUUUUACCAUGUGGCUCUUAUUUGUACCUAAUAUUUUUUCAUAUACACUACCCCAAUUUUCUUAAUAAAACAUGAAUGCAGAGUUUCAGAACUUUUUUUUUUUGUUGUCUUUUAAAACGCUUACUGGUUUCCAGUAUUGUGACUAUGUACCAUGUUUUUGGAACAAUAUUGAGUUUAUUUUUGCUUUUUAUGCAAAGCAGUUAAAACACAUUUUCCAAAAUUGGCAACUGUUUGCCAACUGAAUCUGCUGUGUUAAUUUUAACAGAGAAAAUUGUGAAGAAUUACUGCUUGUUUGGUAUGACCCGCCCACCUAAAUUAGUCGUUUUCAAGAAUAUCCCUGUUGGAAUGGUAAACAAAAGCUGCUUGUUGUACAAAUACCUACAGUAUAAGUAACUUGUUACAUUUCCAAGUGGAUGAGAAGAGGGAAAUCUGGGCCUCUCUGCUUAGGCUGCUGUCUCCUCGACUCAACACUGGAUAAGGAGAAUAUAACUGAUGGAUUCUAUGUAUACUGAACCUGUUUUUUGUCUCUUGUAAAAAAAAAAUGUAUUUUGUCAUUUCAUGUCACCUCCAUAUGUAAACAGUCUGGAAUAACUCAGAUGUGUUGGCAUGUGGUUUUCAGGUGAUUCACUUAUUUUUUGUUUUAUUAAAAUGAUUUAGCUUUUUAA